AUGGGCGGUCAGUCAAAUUAUGGUACGGCCAGUACAAGACCCGGUGAGAACUUAUGGGACAUGGGAUGGAAGCAGAAUUGGAGGAACGUGAUGGGAAACAAAUGCGAGUACGCGGCAAUAGAAUUGUUGUUGAAUGGGCAAAGAAUGGUGGCAAAAAACCUGCUGAAAAUCAAUGUUUCAAAUGUGGCAGAGAAGGUCACUGGGCAAAGGAUUGUCGCUCUUAUCGUAAAGAACGACGUAGGAGUAGGAGUCCAAGAAGAAGCCGAAGUCACUUUUCUAUGA